CUGCAAUGCCCCUCAACACAUGCGAAUACCAGCUGCUGUUUCUGCUCUGCUUUCUGAUAAAAAGCUGUCAUGCUUUCAAAAAUGAUGCCACUGAAGAGUUUUAUGGGCACACGGUCGCAACAUCUCACCAGACUCCAAAUAAUGCCUCUUUAAAUCGAGCGCGCAACGGAGGAAGACGAGCGGAGAGCCGAGACCAAACCGAACAGCACCAGGUUGGUUGCAGGGAGCUGAGGUCCACUAAAUACAUAUCUGAUGGCCAGUGCACCAGCCUGAAUCCCGUCAAGGAGUUAGUGUGUGCUGGAGAAUGUCUACCCACACACCUGCUGCCCAACUGGAUCGGUGGAGGUCACUACUGGAGCAGACGGGAUGCCCAGGAGUGGCGCUGCGUCACCGAACGCACACGCAUCCAGCGCAUUAAACUCCAGUGCCAGGACGGCAGCACACGCACCUACAAGAUCACCGCCGUCACAUCCUGCACCUGCAAGAGAUACACGCGCCAAAACAACGAGUCCUCUCAUGCACCUCAGAGUCCCUCAAAGGAUCAUCCGCCGCAGAACCCCAAGAAGAAAAAAAGCAAAAAUAAAAACUCAAAGCUUAACUCUAAAAAUGAAUAAAUAUUUGAGCCUCUUGUUGAGGAUGAGCCAUACUGGUGCAGAUUUGACAAACACAGCCCUGCGCAUGGAAGGAAAGUGACUUUGAACUACAAUGACCCUGACUUGGACUGCAACAAGAUGUACAGCUGUUUUUCUUUAUAUUUUCAGAUGUGGAUUCUUUUAUGACUGUGUAUGUGUGAGAGUAUAUGCACUUUUUGAGUGUAAUAUGGUAAUUACAUAAAGCAAUUAUGUAUAGGCCUAUAUUUCAAAUGACAGACGAAAGUUAUAGGAUAGUUCACCCAAAAAUGAAAAUAAUGUCAUUUACUUACAUUUACUUAUAAAAAUCAUUUACUCGCCCUAAAUUUGAUCCAAACCUGUAUGAGUUUAUUUUUCUGGUGAACACAAAAAGAAGAAUGUUGGGAAACAAACAGUUGCCGGUAGCCAUUGACUUCCAUAGUAUGGAAAAAAAUACUAUGGAAGCCAAUGGCUACCGGCAACUGUUUGGUUACCUACAUUCUUCAAACUAUUUUCUUUUGUAUUCAACAGUAGAAACAGUUUGGAACAACUUAAAGGUGAUUAAAUAAUAACACAAUUUUAAUUUUGGGAGAACUAUUCCUUUAAAAACUGACUCAUUACUACAACUAUGUAAAUAUUUGCAUUUCGUAUAUAGUCGUUUUUGAAUAGAAUUACAUCCAUAUAUUUUUAUAGAAUUGUUUUAUGAAAAUUUCAAGUUGACAUUUACACAGUUGA